GAGGCUGAGGCCUCCACCCGAGGUCACACGAGAGUGCCCGACAGUCUCACGAGAGCGGGGGCCGGAGCCCCGCCAUUUCGCGGUGCCUCGGAAGCCGAAGGGGGUGGGAGGCGCAGGUCUCGCCGCCCUGACCCGGCGCUAGGGGCCCCCGCGACUCGCUCAAGCCGAGCCCGGCGCUACUGCAAGCGCCGGAAACUGGCCCAGGUCAGCCGAACCCGAGCGCGGCCCCCGAACUCGGCGGCGCGCUCCACGCGGAUUCCCCACGCUCGGCUCGGCUCGGCUCGGCUCGGGGCGGGGCCCUCCCCGCGCCGUGACCUCCGGGCGCCCGGGCCCGAGCUCCCUGCUCUUACCAAGGCCGCCAGUUGCUUGCCAGCCUUCAUGCCCUGGCCCACGGCAGUGCACCUGGAAAAGGACUCCUGGAAGCCUAAACUUGAACUUAACCCUGAGUAAAUAGGCUUUAGAGAUAGCCUCACCAUGUGUGGCAGACUGAUUGAGAGGUAUGUGGCUGCCAUGGUGCUGAGUGCAGCUGGAGAUGCCUUGGGGUACUUCAACGGGAAGUGGGAGUUCCUUCGGGAUGGGGAAAAGAUUCACAAGCAGCUGGCCCAGCUUGGCGGCUUGGAUGCCAUAGACGUGGAGAGGUGGAGAGUCAGUGAUGACACGGUGAUGCACCUGGCCACGGCAGAAGCCCUCCUGGAAGCUGGCCCAGGCUUGGACUGGGCUCGCCUGUAUUCCCUCCUUGCUAGGCACUACCAAGAUUGCAUGGGAGACAUGGACGGCCGGGCACCAGGGGGUGCAUCCGUGCAGAACGCCAUGCUGCUGGAGCCAGACAAACCCAAUGGCUGGAGGAUUCCCUUUAACAGCCAUGAGGGCGGCUGUGGGGCUGCCAUGCGGGCUAUGUGCAUCGGCCUCCGGUUCCCUCACCACAGCCAGCUGGACACCCUGAUCCAGGUGAGCAUAGAGAGCGGCCGGAUGACCCACCACCACCCCACAGGCUACCUGGGAGCCCUUGUGUCUGCUCUUUUUACAGCCUAUGCUGUGAAUGGCAAGCCACCCCGGCAGUGGGGAAAAGGACUGAUGGAGGUGCUGCCAGAAGCUAAAAAGUACAUUGUCCAAUCAGGCUACUUUGUGGAGCAGAAUCUUCAACACUGGUCUUACUUCCAAGACCAAUGGGAAAAGUACCUAAAACUCAGAGGGAUUUGGGAUGGCAAAUCAGCCCCUACCUUCCCGAAGCCCUUUGAUGUCAAGGAGAGGGAUCAGUUCUACACCUCUGUGAGCUACUCUGGCUGGGGUGGCAGUAGUGGACAUGAUGCCCCCAUGAUUGCCUAUGAUGCCAUCCUGGCUGCAGGAGACUCCUGGAAGGAGCUUGCCCACCGAGCCUUUUUUCACGGUGGAGACAGUGAUUCAACAGCUGCCAUUGCCGGCUGCUGGUGGGGAGUGAUGUACGGUUUUAAAGGAGUGAGUCCUGCCAACUAUGAGAAGCUAGAAUACAGAAAUCGGCUGGAAGAGACAGCUAGGGCUUUGUUUUCUCUUAGAUCAAAGGAAGAACUGUAAUUAACCUUUAGGGAGAAGU